UGGAGCGUACUAUAGCCAUGAACCACAGGCUUUGCUUACAAGCAAACGUGUUCCUAUUCACGCUAUGCAUGCCGUCCGUGUUGCAGUCUGUCCACUCUGCAUCAGAUCGUAUCGGAACAACAGAAGCAGGUAGUGCGAAGAAACUGCCAUCGAUAGUGCGUCCGACGAACUCGACAUUCUGGAUGGGAAUGAGGGAUUGUCAAGAUCUGUACGACGCAGGGAUACGUGAAGACGGUGUUUACAUGGUGACAACGAGAGACAUCGAAAGAAAAAUAGUCGUUUACUGUGAGUUCGACCACCUGAAAGGGCAAGGAUGGACUGUAAUCCAGCGACGAACAGACAAAAAGGUUGACUUCAACAGAAAUUGGAUGGCCUACAAAGACGGUUUCGGUGAUAUAAUGAGCGGGUUCUGGGCCGGAAAUGAAAACAUCUUCGCCCUCACUAACUUCAACGGCAGGCGAUACGAGCUGAUGAUCGAAAUAGACGAUGGGCAGCUCAAUAUGCUGUAUGCUUUCUAUGACUAUUUCCGGCUCUCGCACGCGAAAUACAAUUACCGGUUGCGGCUGGGCAAAUACGUUACUGGGUCCGCUAUAGACUCCAUGAGCUAUCACAAAGGGCACUACUUCUCGACCUUUGACCGGGACAAUGACCGCUCGCCCCACAACUGCGCGGAGCGAUACCAGGGUGGUUGGUGGUUCAACGCCUGCCUGACGUCCAACUUGAAUGGGGAAUACUACCCGGAAAAAACAUCAGCCCAAAGUCGUCGGGGUAUAUACUGGGACUCCGUUGAAAAAGAGCAUCAUUACUCAAAGUUUUAUUCAGUAAUGAAAAUACAUCCUGUGAGAUUUUCCAAAACUAAACAUAAUGACAGUAAAACGACAUAA